AGCUGUAUGCUGGAGCUGGUGGCUGGGGCAGUGUGGGUUAACGCCGUGGCCACUCAGCGGGCUCCCACCAGUGACUCAGUAGCCGGCAGGCAGUAGGGUGUCACACGGACAACACAUCAGUUCUCGCUAUACACCAACACACUUCAAGAUUUUGAGGUAGGCACGUCACGCAGGCGGAGUGAAAAUGAAGGUGAUGCUGGUGCUGGUGGUUUUGGUGGUGGCGGUGGCUGUAUUUCCCUCACACGCUUUCCAACCUCGCAGGAUAAUGUACGCUCGCUGUUCUUCAGAGGAGAAGAUGCCCCGUGCUGUGUUCAUGACGUGCGCUAACCGACGGGGAAUAUGCGAGGUGAGGAUAGGCAACAUCCAUAAUCUGCGGGCCAUCUUUAUACCAGACACCAACGCGACUGACGUAGACUCACACGUCCGUUGGAACUCGUGGUUUGAGGUGCCGCUGCCCAACCAACAGCGUGAUGCCUGCGACGGGGAGAUAACCUGCCCAGUAAUAGCCGGACAAAUCACACGCUUCACCUACUCUCUCGAUAUCCAAGACUUCUGGCCAAGGAACGAGUACCCGGUCAUCUGGACACUCAAAGAUCGCGUCACAGAUAUGACAUUGGUUUGCUUCAAAUUCAAGAUCAACAUUGUGUAGAGAGACUUCCAGCAUCAACCUGAAUAACACCCUCCCAAAAAUCAUGAGAAUUCAAAACUACGCGGGCAUGGAAAUGGCACGGUAUUAUAUGGGAAAGAAAUUUGGGUAAUGGGCUGAAAAUCAUUUAAAUCAAAUGAGAUCGACUGACACACACACACCACCUACUGAGUAGAGAGAUGGAGAAAAUAAGUGGAUCUUAACACAGGAGAGAAGAAUUGGCUACCAAAAACAAAACAAAAAAUCAUAGUAACUAGAACAAAAGAAAUAUAAUCAUUCACAUUGAGCUUAAUAAUGAUGACUAUUUAUUUUGAUAAUAUCAGACAUAUUCUUCUGAAAGAACUUAACUUUAUGGACAAAUGCAAGUAAGCUAAGACUGUAUCAUACACACUUAGUAUUAAACAUGGGCAUUUGAGUCAGUGAAUGUAUAUUACGCGUUUUGAUACAAAUUUAUAUAUUUUUAUUACAUUAAGCAGUGCCCACAAAUGUCACUACGCCUAUAUUAAUAAGAUGUCAAAAAAAAUAAUUCGGUUUAUGCAUAUACUGUACACUAACAUCUGUUUACUCUGAUGAAAGAAUAUACAAUUAUCAUAUUGUAUAUUAUGUACCGACUACUACCAUUAUUUUAUUUGGGCUCUGUGUAGAAUACAUUUGUUUAUAUUAAAAUAUAUUAAUG